UUUUAGAAACCUCGAAGACCACUAAUCAUUCUCCAGAGCUGAACGGAAGGGAUAUGUCUGUCUCAUCCUUACUUUCACCAAUCCCUGGAAUUGCUUUCUUCUCCGUUUCUAACAUUGAUGGUAGUAGAAGAGCAGUGAGAAAACCACUGAUGGUUAGGAAUUUGAUGGUGAGAGCUGGUCCAAAGAGGAUAUUAUUCGGGAGAGAUUGCAGGGAGGCGUUGCAAGCUGGUAUUGAUAAGUUAGCUGAUGCUGUUUCUGUCACCUUGGGUCCUAGAGGACGAAAUGUUGUUCUUUUUGAGUCUGAGACACUGAAAGUAGUUAAUGAUGGUGUAACCAUUGCCCGGGCUAUAGAACUUUCCGAUGCUAUUGAGAAUGCAGGAGCAAUGCUAAUACAAGAGGUUGCAAGUAAAAUGAAUGAUUUGGCUGGUGAUGGUACUACAACUGCAAUUAUUUUAACUCGAGCCAUUAUCAAGUAUGGAUUGUUGGCAGUUUCUUUUGGAGCUAAUCCUGUUUCUCUGAAAAGGGGAAUGGAUAAGACUGUGAAAGAAUUGGUCAAGGAGCUUAAGAAGAGAAGUUUGCCUGUGAAAGGGAAGGAGGAAAUAAAAGCCGUUGCUUCAAUCUCUGCUGGUAAUGAUGAUUUCAUUGGGAACUUGAUUGCUGAAGCUAUAGAAAAGAUUGGUCCUGAUGGAGUAAUUUCUUUUGAGUCAUCCUCAUCAGCUGAAACCUCUGUGAUAAUUGAAGAAGGAAUGAAGAUUGACAAGGGAUAUAUGUCGCCCCACUUCAUCACUAAUCAAGAUAAGUCUAUAGUGGAGUUCGACAAUGCCAAAGUCCUUGUAACUGAUCAAAAGAUAUCAACCGUCAAAGAAAUUGUUCCAUUACUUGAAAAGACUAUGCAACUGAGUGUCCCUCUGCUAAUCUUUGCGGAGGAUAUCUCAAAGCAAGUUCUGGAAACACUAGUUGUGAACAAAAUGCAAGGUUUACUUAAUGUUUCUGUUGUCAAAUGUCCAGGAUUCGGGGAAGGAAAGAAAGCCCUGUUGCAGGACAUUGCCCUUAUGACAGGAGCUGAUUUUCUUUCUGGAGACUUCGGUAUGAUGCUCGCUGCUGCGACUUCUGAUCAACUUGGUGUUGCACGGAAAGUGACUAUAACAAGCAAUUCCACAACCAUAGUUGCUGAUCCUUCUACUAAGGCUGAAAUCCAGGCAAGAAUAAUGCAGAUAAAAAAGGAUCUAGCUGAAACUGAUAAUGCAUACUUGUCAAGACAGCUCUCAGAAAGAAUUGCAAAACUCUCUGGUGGUGUGGCGGUCAUUAAGGUAGGAGCAUAUACUGAGAUGGAACUUGAAGACCGUAAACUAAGAAUUGAAGAUGCAAAGAAUGCUGCAUUUUCUGCCAUGGAUGAAGGGAUAGUACCAGGUGGUGGCGCAACUUAUAUACAUCUUUCACAGCUGAUUCACAAAAUGAAGGAUUCUAUGGAAGACAUGGAUGAACGAAUUGGUGCUGAUAUUGUAGCAAAAGCACUCCUUGCACCUUCAAAAGUAAUUGCAACAAAUGCAGGUGUUGAUGGAGAAGUUGUAGUGGAGAAGACUAGAAGGUUUGAUUGGCGAAUUGGGUACAAUGCAAUGUCUGGAAGAUACGAAGACCUUAUCAAUGCUGGAGUUAUUGAUCCUUGUCGAGUUUCAAGGUGUGCCCUACAAAGUGCUGUCUCUGUUGCUGGGAUAGUUCUAACCACCCAAGCUAUAAUGGUAGAGAAAAUGAAGCAGCCCAAGCCAGCAGUCCCACUUGUUCCAGGAAUAGGUCCUUGAAGAAAAAGGAACACUGAUGGAUUAAAGCUGAAGAGUAUCUGAAG